AUGAGUGAGCCGUAUCCCUCAAUUGCCCAGUGCGCCCUCGUGGCAGCCUGUCUCAAGGUCCUCCUGUUUCCAGCAUACCUUCCUCUCCGAGAGUGGUACUUCGAACAUACGUCAGAAUGGACCCUCGACUACCCGCCUUUCUUCGCCUAUUUCGAAUGGGUCCUCGCCCAGGUCGCAAGGCUUGUCGACAUGUCAAUGUUGAAGGUCUAUAACCUAGAGUACGAUAGCUGGCAAACCGUAUAUUUCCAGCGCUCCUCCGUCAUUGUCACCGAGCUCCUGCUCGCUUAUGCCCUCCAGCUGUACGAAAUCGCCGGCUCUUCCGACACCCCCAGACACGUUGCUCAACUAACCUAUUUGCAUCUCUAUAGCUUCGUCGAUUCCGCUACCACUUCGAAGCGCGCUGCCCAUGCAGCUGCCAUUUCCAUCAUCCUCUCCCCCGGCCUCCUCAUCAUCGACCAUAUCCAUUUCCAAUACAAUGGCUUCUUGUACGGAGUCCUCGUCCUCUCCCUCGUCCUUGCGAGAUCCAAAUCAACCCUCCUCGCCAGCGGCCUCCUCUUUGCCGGUCUGCUUUGCCUAAAGCACAUCUACCUAUACCUCGCGCCGGCCUACUUUGUGUUCCUUUUACGUGAAUACUGCCUGUCUCCGAGGAACAUUUUCAAGAUCCGCUUCAUGAAUUGCCUGAAGCUUGGUGGUGGGAUUGUCGCCGUUUUUGCAGCAGCGUUCGGUCCGUUCGCGGCACUCGGACAAAUCCCGCAGCUUUUGAGUCGGCUGUUCCCGUUCUCUCGUGGUCUAUGCCACGCCUACUGGGCGCCCAAUGUGUGGGCGCUGUACUCCUUUGCAGACCGAAUCCUUAUCUACCUUGCUCCUCGACUCGGGUUACCCCUAAAGACCGAGGCAUUGAGUAGCGCCACGAGAGGCCUGGUUGGCGACACCGCAUUCGCCGUGCUACCCGAAAUCACCCCCAGGACCUGCUUCAUCCUCACCCUCUUCUUCCAGGUCAUUCCCCUCCUUAAACUCUUCAAGAAGCCCACCUGGGACACUUUUAUCGGGUCGGUGACGCUCUGCGGCUACGCAUCCUUCCUCUUCGGAUGGCAUGUCCACGAGAAAGCCAUCCUCCUCGUCAUCAUCCCCUUCACCCUCAUCGCCCUGAAAGACCGACGCCACUUUGGCGCAUUUAAGCCCCUCGCCGUCGCAGGCCACGUUUCCCUCUUCCCUCUCCUCUUCACCCCUGCCGAAUUCCCCAUCAAGACUGUGUACACCAUCUUCUGGCUUGUCCUAACUUUGAUCGUUUUCGACCGCCUCGCGCCGGCCUCCAGCAAACCCCGCGUCUUCUUCCUCGACCGCUUCAGCACACUAUACAUCGCCGUGAGCAUCCCGCUCAUCGCCUACUGCUCGAUCUUCCAUAGCCUCAUCUUCGGGAAGAGCUACGAGUUCCUGCCUCUCAUGUUUACGAGCUCUUAUUCUGCCGUCGGAGUGGUAGGGAGUUGGUUGGGAUUUUUGGUGGUCUAUUUCGGGUCGUGA